GCAUGAUUGACGCCUCGGUUGUGGCGCCGCUUCCCUUCGUGCUGGGCUUCUGCUCGCUGUCGGAGCUGCAGCGGCUGUCCCAGGUCUCACGCGACGUGUCCAGUAUCUGCGAGCUUGAGUGGCGUCUGCGCACCAUCGAGCGCUUCGGAGAACUGCGCUUUGCCACGAGCCAUUGGCGGCGCUGCUUCCUGUUGCGCUCUCAGUUCCGUCGCAAGGCCGUGGAUCAAGUCACAGCCCGGGUUUAUCUUAUGAAUAACCGGGGGGAGACCCGCUUCUUUCCUAUCGAGAGAGGUACUCCCCUCAUGUGCUCCAGGGAGAGAGCUGUGGUUUAUAACCGUUGCAAGCGGAUGUUCGACCUCUCAUUAAGAAUAAACAGAUCCAUCCAGGAGAUCUCGACUUUGAUCGGUAUGGUGUCCGUGGACGAAGCGAGAGGCCUUUUAAACGAACAUAUCAGCCUCAUGGCGUCCGUAGCAGCCCUCAGAGGCUCGCUAAACUUCGAGAGCGAGCUAUUCCAGAUCUUCCCAGCCCCAGUAUUACUGGACACCAACUCCUUAUUAAGGGUAACCCACAAAUUUCAAGAUGAAGAAGACGAGGAAUUUCUACAAUCAUCACUGAUGAUGAUGCAGGUCUGGGCUUCAAUUGACGGGGUUAUCUAUCGUCCGUUAGCGCCACCCUCUACGAUUCAAGAAACUCCAGAUCGAGUUCAACAGGUUGGAGAAAAUGUAGAGGAGACGGCCACAUACGCGUCGUUAAAACUGCACGAAUUGUCUGGGAUGACGAUUAGUAUUGACGACAAUACGCUGAGAUACAGACUGCAAAGGGAUGAACUGUGUGUCAACGCCUUGGUCAGCAACACGUACUUGCUGUAUUUAUUCAACCCACUCCAGUAUCGACCGCUGGAUUGGACAUUUGACGCGAUGUUACAAGUUGGAGAUGCGAGAUAUAUACUACCUGUCCAGAGAGAAGGAGUGUUCCUGAAUACCACGUCGUACGCGCUGAGAGUGUUUCUAUCGUAUGGGAAACUACCGGAAAAUCCUCCGUCGAACCAAGAACAGAGUGUAGUUACAGAGUCAGCUACAUCAACUGGAGCUCGUGGAGCUGAAGACAGUGACCCAUUGGAAAUUCCGUACGAUGGACAGCGCGAGAUUUUUGCGUUCCACUUGACAGCUACUAACCGGAUUUCGAAGAAAACGUACGUCAUUGCGUCGAAAGCGACUUGUUUGUCGCUGUUGCCAUCGAAUGGUACGGCUGUUGAGCGACGUCUACGGCAAAUGAGUAUCGAAUCGACGUCGACCUUGUCGGAUGAAGAAGCGGAUGAAAAUGACACCAACACGACGUCGGUACCGCCACUGGAACGGCAUGUGCACCUCCCGUUUGACGCUAUGAUCUGCUAUUGCUUCGCUCCAAGCUGCCGUCUGCAAUAUGUGGAAUUUGCAAUUGGUUUUGAGCCAUUAAUGCACCUCCUUGGCGUUACUCACUUCCUCCCCGAUACUGUGGCUGCCUGCUGAUAUUUUCUUAUUGAUAUUUAUGAAAAAAAUAAAAAUGUGAAGCAUUUUUUAACGGUG